AUGACGCCGCCUCCUCUUCCUCCUGCGAACCCCGACGAGCACCAGUACUGGACCGAUCCUAUCCUGUGCGAGGAGACUCGGACCAGACUUGAGCAUUUCCGAAAUCUGGGAUGGCUUCCCCCUAACUACAAGCCCAGGACACUUGAAGGCCUUGCAGUUGUCGAACGAUAUUGUGCACAUUCAAACGAGGACUAUGUGGAAUAUCUACUGUCGGAAGACAAAGCCAUCUAUAUGAACUUUCUUGACUGGAUGUCAAGGACCUCGCGUGAGAAAAGACUUCAGACCUAUGAUGAAUAUUGGCGGCGCUUGUGCCAAUACUUUGGCUUGUUUGCCCGCCGGCCUGUAAAUCAUCAUGUUCAUGAGCAGAUGCGACGAGUAUGUUUAAGCUUCCUGUUUUAUUCUUACACCUGGAUACUCAAUAGACAACAGUACCUUGAACAAGUUUUUCCUGCAGAGCGCAAGAUCAGUAGGCGCGUGAAAAAGAAGAGCACACUGGACAUAGAUGAUUUCUGCGUCCUUCUACGCCACCACUGGGUCCAUUCUUCUUUCUUCCGUCAUGGGAGCAUGAUUAUCCAGCAAGCUGUGAUCAUGCUCUGGUCCUCCAUCACAGGGACUCGACCAGGUGUGCUACUUCCGCAACGAGAUGCUACAAAUGAUCCCAAUGCAUCACAAGAUGGCUCGCUUUCGCUCGGCCCAAGAAAGCGCAAGCGGGGUGAUUCGUUUAAGAGUGUCUUCCUCAACGGAUUUCACCCGGCGACCUUCCCAAUACUAUAUGUUACAGGGAUAUCGAGCUCUUUUACCUCAGAAACCCAGAGGAUGGUCGAGACGUUCUCUGUGCCAUCAUUGAAUUUCGUAAUCUUAAGGGCCGGCCAGAGGGUGCUGAUGGGUAAGACGAAGUUCUUCAUGCAUGGAGAUUAUCAAUUGGCAUACUGUCCAAUUGCUCAAAUUGUGUCACUAGCCUUCCGCGAUGACGCUUUCGAAAAUGAGCUGACCCCAGAGUUGAUCUGGCGGAUUAAGGUUCCGAAGCGUACCAGAGCUCUUCCGCUUCGGUGGAAAAAGGAUAAGUUGAACCUUCCCCUACUUCGACGUGUGGUUCGAACUCAGUAUGGCUACGGGGUUCAUCCGACGCUACCAAUGACUUAUGACUCAAGCCGGCUGGCACUCAAAGAUCUGGGUGAGGAUGGAGGAUUUGAGGACAACCUAGGUCAUUACAACUUCCGACGUUGGACUGCAAACGAAGCCAAUCGCCACUUUACCAGUCAAGAGCGGAAGAGGGUUCUUGGCCAGUCCGGAGACUUUAUUUUUGAAAAGCAUUACCAAGCGGAAUUUAUCCAGCGAGAUCUGCAACAUGUGAUCCUCCUUCGGCCCCCUCAGGAGGGUCUUCUUCAGACAGCAGCGGGCAUGCUUAGGAACAGAGCUCCACUGGCCCCUUCAAACAUUACUGACGAGCAGCUACGGGCUAUUCGUCGACAUCCUGAAAUUCUGGAACUCAGGCGAGAGAAACGGGAGAAGCUCACCAAGUUAGGGAAGGCUCUACGAGAUAAUACUCGGCAGACUGCCAGAAAAGAUUAUUUCCAUACGGCACCCAUACUAGAAAUCGACAGACAAAUCCAGCAACUCUUGGGUAAAUCUGGUGCAGAAAAUUGUGAUGCUGACAGUACCAAGGACGGCGAUGAAGAUUGGCAGUCUCCCAUCCCGGAUUACGUUUUCCCUGAAAGAGCUCGUCUAGUGGAGUCAUUCUACGGUCCGGAGGGGGAGUGUUUUGACGAGGAUAGACUACUUGCAAAACGUAUCCAAGUUACUGAGGACCCGGUCGCACUCUCGCACCUCUGUGAACCAAAUCGUCAAGGCAAACGAGCCAACUGGGAUGGGGACGAUGAGCAGAGCGAGACAUCUGAGGGAAAAGAAGCCUUCCUGUCAGAAGAGAAAUCCCCAGAGUGCCCCACGGAUGUAUGUAUCAUCUGUUGCGGUAUAUCCCGCCGCUCACCUUCUAAUCCCCAUCCACACAAGGUUCCAUCAAAAAGGAAGGAUUCUCUCCGUCGUCAUCUGAUCGGUCACCUUAUGAACGCACACGACGGAGUACGCUGCACCUGGGAAACUUGCAGCAAACUCCCUACUUUCAUCGAUAUCGCUGAAUUUUUAGCACAUGCCGCCAAUAUUCAUCACUAUGACCUCCAUAUCAAGCUGGAACGUAUUCCCAAGAGACGAAAGCCGUCUCGGGAUGAAACACCGUCUUUCAGCAGCUCCAGCAUGUCGUUAAGGUCGAGCCGAUCGGCCACCGAGACUCCCGCUUCCUCCGUUGAUAUUGAAAUAGGGAAUAUUAACCCACGUUUACUUGCAGCCUCGAAUACCAAAUACAAUGAGACCUGCCGUCGGUCCCAACGGUUGAACUCUCAUUGA